UGAUUAAGAGCUUAGAUGUAGUAUUUUCAAAUGUAGAUGUUUUAUGGGUGAAGUGUCACAGCAUCCUCAUAUUAUGAAGUUGAGAAUAUUAAAAGCAGUUUUCAAUCUCAUAAAGGACCCCAGGAUUGAGCCCGCUCUGAAAAAAUGCCACAUGCUGCCUAAAAAGAGUAAUUAAUAACAAACUAAUCAACCCUUCACUAAGGAGGCCCAACCCAUACAGCAUGUCCCACAAGUGCUCUUUUUUUUCUUAUUAAAUGUGUAUUUGUCGUUCUUUCACACCACAAAAUUAUAUAAAAGCUGUAACUGAUUUGCAUAAAUGCAGAGAAUGAAAAGAGAGGGCUGUGAACAGGAAGAGGCCUCCGAAUGCAACUGCUCGAGCAUACAGAGCCUAGUUUCAGGGGCAGAGGUGUCAACUAUUGUUUGUUUAUGAAUAAUAAAUGCUAAAUAUUUUCAGGUUUUGUGGACUUUAACAGUUGUGCUUGUGUUAUACAGUAUGUGCCCUGGUUUUGAAGGACUCUUUAUAUUAUCUGUCAGUGCUUUUUCACUUGUAUGACAGUGAUGAUGAUGAAGAGGCAGAAAGACACAAGCUGGCUCAGCUGCAGCGAGAUGAGAUGAUUUAUUUUUUGUAUCCUCCCACUUUUACUCUGAGAAUGAUGCAUGAUGACUUGCACUUGGUUAGUAACUAUAACUGAUGUCACAUGUUGAACAUCCAUGAAACAUCCCUUCAACUUCAUACACUGUGACAGUCAGCAAAUGGCUAAGCACCAACAUUUUAAUUUAUAUUAAUAUAUUGUUAUUUUAUUGAUAUUAAGUUAACCUAUUUUUUAUCUGAUCAUCACCUCUUUCAGAAAGCAACAGAAACAUAUCAGUUCAAUUAGGAGACGAGAAAGUUACAUUGACAAGAACAAGAAUCCUGGAUUCUGGAACAUCAACACCAUAGAGAUGGGAGGAUUAGGAAGAACUGGAUGAGAAAAAUCCAGAAGAGGAAAUACGAGAUGCAGUUGCCUUUAAAAUGAGAAAGUCCUCCUACCUCAUGUAUUAUCAUAGAGUACUUAUGGCUAAAGCUUUGACUGAACUCUGCAGGGCUCAGCAACUCUGAUGCCCAAUCCACUCACGUGUGUUUCCUCAAAGAGUAUCCCAGAAUUCCCUCGAGUAACCUCACCGCAUGUCGCGCAUCAGGAGCACACUGGACACCGUUACCAAAGCUGUGAGCGGAACGGUGAACUCUGAGCUCCUCGCCAAGAUCACACGCCUCAAACCCAGUGCCACCCAGGGCAAAACUAUAGAUGUUAAAGUGGAAUGUCCCGAGGCAGAGGCCGGAGCUGUCAUGACCAUGGCGACAUCUGAGCCUCCCAGAGAUAAAGAGGUGAAAAAAGACAUGGAACUUCAUAAAGAAGCUCCAAAAUCUAUCAGCAGUCUGUCUAGAAGCACAGGAAACACGACCAGUGCAGUUGCAAAGCAAACGCUGCAACGUUUUCAUCCUGCAGCCUUCACAACCAACAUGGAUGAAACGUACAAUCACCUGGCUGAACAUGUCAAUGCCUACUUUGGAAGUGACACGCAAGAUGACAAAAGAUCACAACGGGUUGGAGAAGACACAACAUCCUCGACAUCUCAGAUCCAGUUUAGUGCUCUUCCAAAAAGUAGCAAGGAUGAUAUCCUAAUGGCGGUGCCUGUGUCCUAUAAAUCCACACCAGAAACGCCCCCUGUUAUUGACAAGAAUAGCUCCGUCCCAAGUCCAGAAGCCCCUUCUGCUCCAGCUCAGGAUGAGGGGGUUUCAAACAUCCCCAUAUCGCCAAGGAAAGGCAUCAGUCACUACCUGUCCUACCCCAGGCCCAGCGUCCAGGCUUUUGUAGGAAACUACAUCACUCCUCUUGUCCCAAAGUUCAGAGCGGAUUCAAAGAGUGGCACAGCAGAGAAGGAAAAGCCCUCUGGAUCUGAACGGGCUGCGUCCCAGGAUGCAAAGAGUGCAGAAAGCAAGGAGCAAAAAGAGGCAGAAGAGAAAGCACAGAGACUGUUGUCUCAGAGGGAGAAGAUUAUAGCACGUGUUAGUGUGGAUAACCGAACCAGAGCACUGGUCAAGAGUCUUCAACGAGUCACUGAUGUGAAGAUCACCAUCAGCAGAGUGGAGGAACUGAGUUUCCACCUGCUGGAAUUUCCAGAGACCAGAGGGGUGGCAGUCACUGAGAAGGUCAUCCCGUGUCUGCUGCGUUUGAGGCAGGCCAGAGACGUCAAUCUGCAGGCUGCAGUGAGACAGGCUCUGGCUCUGGUGGGCUACAAUGACUCAGUCAAAGGCAGAGGAAUACGUGUCCUCUCCAUCGACGGAGGAGGGACCAGGGGUUUGGUUGCAUUGCAGGCUUUGCACAGGCUGGAGAGUUUGACAGGGAAGCCCGUCUACCAGCUGUUUGACUACAUAUGUGGAGUUAGUACAGGGUCCAUCCUGGCCUUUAUGCUGGGAGUGUUCCAGAUCCCUCUGGAUGAGUGUGAGGAACUCUAUCGGAAGUUGGGAUCUGAUGUCUUUAAACAGAACCUAAUUGUGGGCACAGUGAAAAUGGGCUGGAGUCAUGCGUACUAUGACAGCCAGAUCUGGGAAGAGAUCCUCAAAGAAAGAAUGGGGCCUGGACUAAUGAUCGAGACUUCCAAGGACUCUAAAUGCCCCAAGGUGUCAGCGGUGAGCACCAUUGUGAACAGAGGCCUUCCGCUGAAAGCAUAUGUCUUCAGGAAUUAUAACUUCUUGCCUGGGGUUCGCUCACACUACUUGGGCGGCUGCCAGCAUAAAAUGUGGCAAGCCAUUCGAGCGUCCUCUGCUGCUCCAGGAUACUUCCAGGAGUUUGUACUAGGAAAUGACCUCCACCAGGACGGUGGUCUCUUGAUCAAUAAUCCUACCGCUCUGGCCAUCCACGAGAGCAAGUGUUUGUGGCCCAACACACCUGUGCAAUGUGUGGUGUCUUUGGGCACAGGCCGAUACGAAACCAUAGGCAAGACCAGCUCGAGCACUUAUACCAGCUUGAAGACCAAACUCACCAAUGUCAUCAGCAGCGCCACAGACACUGAAGAGGUCCACACGAUGCUGGAUGCCCUGCUCCCCCCGAACACUUAUUUUCGUUUUAACCCUUACAUGAGUGAGGAAAUCCCACUGGACGAGAGCAGACAGGAUAGGCUGGGCGUCCUGCAGGCUGAGGGUCAGCAGUACCUGGAGCGUAACGAGAAUAAGUUAAAGAAAGUGGCUAGUGUUCUCACUCAAGAAAAGGGAAUCGUUCAGAAACUCGCCGAAUGGGCCCAGCUAAAAGCUGACAUGUACGAUGGCCUUCCUUUUCGCUCAAAACUCUAAACUUACAAUCUAAACUAAACUAGCACAACAUCUGACCUUUUAACACAUAACUUGGUAAACUGUGCGCUACAGUGUAACUACACAAUGCAUGUUGCCAUAUGCCAGUUUAAAAUAGCAAAUCAAGUCUGUUGCCUCAUACUAACGAGCACAUAAGAUUGAAAAGUUUCAUAAUGUCUGAUUUUAAGGCUUUAUUUUUAUUGUAACAAAAGUUAUUGUUUACCUUGUGUUGUUUGAAUCGAAGAUCCUUGAAAGCACGAAAAUAUACUGACUAGCUAUCACAAUGCAUUUGCUGCUUUUCAUUUGUUUGGUUAUACUAAUGUAAUUUGAUCCGUUAAUUUACAAUAGGAUCAAUUUGCUGUUGUGUAAUGUCUCUCCUUGAAAAACCCUUAGUAUUAGUCGACUGAACUGACAGUACUGUAGUUAGCAUGAGGUGAGCAGCUAAAUCAUUUUCAACCACUUUUUUUUUAAAUUUAAAUUCAAAUGAUCAGCCUUGUAAUUUUAUGUCAGACCACAAUGGUAUCCAUUAGCACUAAUGUUUUAAAGAUUUUGCACACAAUGUUUCGAAAGCACUCAUUGCAGUUGCGUUAUGGCUGAAGAUGGCUUGCAUUGAUUAUUGUGGAAAUCAUUGAUUUCGUGUAUUAUGUUUGAAUGCCUCAGCUGCUUUCCAGUACACAUUUUUAUUUGCUUCUUCAUGCACUUAGCUGGAAAAUAUUUGACAUAAUUUAUUGGUUCUUUUCAGACCGAGUGUAUAAUAUUGUAAAAUAUAAUUAAUCCAUAUGUGUGUAAAAAAAUUAAAAUAAAUGUAUAACAGUGUUGUAGAUUUCAGUUUUAACAGCUCGAUUCAGAAAUUCAAUUUUCCUAUCACCUUAAAACUGUAUUCCCUGAUGAUUAUGAAGAGAAAUAAAUGAUUUUAACUUCA